UUAGUCUAGCGUAUUCCUACGAGCACUGCUAUAUAUAGUAGCGCCAGAAGUCGCUUACGCGCAUUCGAACCUCAAACAUCUUGGGCCCACAACAAAACGGUCAAACGAAAUCGAAGUCGAAACACGAAACUCGAAACCGAUAUCGAAAAUACAACAAAUACAAGUAGCGCGCGCCCGUCGCUCGUUUCCGGUGCGUGUGUGAGUGUGUGCUGGCGAGAGCAGGAAAGAUUUCGCUUUGGUUUUGCGCAAAAACCCUGAUCCGCGCAUUGAUCCGAUCCGCAUCAUAAAUGUAUGUUCCUUUCAUUUAGGCGUUACAACAAACCACCCCCACCACAACAAAAACGAAACGAAACGGAGAAAACAAAAUAUCAAAAAAAAAAAAAACAAAAGCUCAUCGCACUCUGUUGCGUUGCUCUCUUUUGCGCGACUCUCGGCUCAGCGCUCACGCACCCACGACGCCGCAAGCAGGCAACAGGCAGAAAAGCAAGAGCAGAAGGCACAAGCAAAAACUGCUGCUAAUUUGGAACGCCCAGGUCCCAGUGGAUUGUGGACUUAAACGUUGAUGUAAAUGUGCAACUGGAUUAUGCAACAGCAGACAGGCGGUGGAGAGCGAGAGAGGUGACAGACGGAGACAAGAGAUUGACCAGACCACACCAGAGAUAGACUGAGCGAGUAAUUAUCAGUGGCAGAUUAUUAUCAUCAUCAUCAAGAGCAACAGCAGCAGCGGCAGCUGCGAUGCAGCAGCGGUAACACACAGAUCCGGAGAGGAUCAGUGGGGCACUCUCUGUCUGUUCCCUCUCGCUGUUCCACGCUCUUCCAGCCGGAACCCAACAAUGCCCAGGGCCACAGUCACGGAUCGCCUAGACCGAGACCAUUGUGAAAACAGUUGAACAGCGCCGCGUACAGGUUGAGGUUGCGCUUGGCGGAUGCGAUUACGGCAGGACUAGUCCACGGCAAACACAUAUCCGGAGUGGAAAUUAUCAGCAAUUAAAGCAAAUCAAGGCUGGCAGCAGGCAGCAGCCCUUCAGCUCAGAUGCUGACCACAGAGAUGGGCACAGCGGCGGGGCCCAAGCCGAUUAUUGUCAGCAGCAAGCCACAGAAAUCUCAUUGCCAAGGCCCGACGCCGGCGUCGGAGCAGCAGCUCCUACAGCACCAUCAGCAGCAGCAGCAGCAGCAUCCCACCCACCUGCACAUCCACACACAUGGCCAUGGCCAGACGACACACUGCGAGAAGUUCUCGCCGGAAACGCCGCGGCGGAACCUCCACGAGCUGCUGCUGGAGCUGCUGGACAUGCUGCUCUCCUGCCUGGUGGUGGCGCCCUGCGUCAUUGCCUACUGGCGCGGCACCUGGGAGCUGAUGGGCGUGAUGCUCUUCCCCAGCAGCCUGCCGCUCUCUGCGCUCUCCUCCUUUCUCAUCGGCGGUGUGGGGCACUUUGUGUUCACCAUCACGCAGAACUUCUUCAAGGAGCACAUCCACCCGGACAAGCGGCGCCUCACCUACUACACCGUCUCGCGGCUCUACACCGCCGUCUUUGGCAUUGUCUGUGUCAACAUGUGGCGCGGUGCCUGGAUGCUCUGCGACUGGCUGACCAGCGUCGACUCCCUCAUCAUUGUCUCCGUGGUGACGGCCAUCGCGCUCAUCUUCAUGGUGGCCACGCGCACCCUGAGGAACCUCGGCGCAGCGCCCUACACGGUCACAAUGGAUCACAAAACGGACUAUUUCGAUGUGGGCACCAUGUUUAAAAUACCCGGCUUCCAUCAACCUGGCCUCUAUGUGCUGGACACACUCUUCUCGGUCUUUGUCAUUGGCAGCCUGGUGGUCAUCGCCUGGCGCGGUGUCUGGGGCAUCUUUGACUUGACGCUGUUUCCCAAGGACAAGGCCAAAUCGGCAUGGGGAUCGCUGCUCAUUGGAUAUUUGACUGUCUUUGUGACAUUUCUGAUACAUCCACUGAUGCGCUAUGUGUGUCGUCGGAUAAGCGGCAUCCUGAAGCUAAUCAUUUGCGACAUUUACUAUCUGAUGACAUUCUUUGGGGCGGUGAAUGCUUGGCGUGGGAUCUGGAAUCUACUGGAUGUGUAUCUAUAUCCGGACAAUCGACUGAUGAGCUUCUGGCUGACGCACAUCAUUCCCUUUCUGCUGCUGGCUGCCAUCAAGUGCUCCAACUCCAUCCUGGUGCGUGGCGUGUUCAUUGAUGGCGAUGGCACUGGCGCCGAGAGCGUUGACAUUCCCAUAAACUAUGUGCGGCUGCACUUUCUGCGAGAGCGACGCAAAAAGGUGUCACAGUCAUCGACACCGCCGCCGCACUAUUACCUGAAGCCGGAGCACGCGACGCUCGGGCGGAGUGCGGAGAAGGACAAGGAGGCGCAGAGCAGCCUCAUCGAGAAGCCACAUGCCAACGUGCAGAUCGUUUAGCUACGUGCCGCGUUCGUUAUUGUUUCUAUGUUUAGCUGUUAAACUAGUUGUACGCUUGAAAUGCCUUAAGCCUAAUCUUAAAUCACGUCUAACGAGCUUACUUAAGAGUCAGAUGCGUAGCCUAAGCCCACUCGACCUAAUUCUAGUUUGUUAUCCUACUCAUAAUCGUACGCCUUAUCCUGUAUAAAAGUUAACCAACGAA